AUGCAGACUGUGGCAGCCCUCCCCACUGGCAAUGCGCCGCCGGGCUUCGCGGUCCCCCCGAUAGCCCCUACCAUGCCUGGUGCACCAAUGCUGGUGCCGGUGCCUGGAAUGACGCCCGGGCUGCCCCCUCCGCCAGCCGGGCUCAUGACCUUACCGGGCAUGCCUGGUGGCAUGUUGACGGCCUUGCCUGGGCCCCCCAUGGCUAGCGGGGCUACUGUGUCCAUAGCCAUUGACAGCCUUCCCUUCAGAUACCAACUCUCUGAGGCGGACCUCAGAGAGAUGUUUCAGAGAUGGGGGGCGAUACAGUCCGUUCAGGUCAUGCGCGACGGAGUUCGGGAAGUUGGCGCUGUCCAGUUCGUUGACCAGGUGGAUGCACAAGAUGCGCAGAAACAGCUGUCAGGUCAGUCCGUUAGCCUUGAUGGUGUGACGGGCACCCUGGCGGUGGUCAUGGGUGCUCCCUACCAGCUACUGGCGCCGAGACCUGGUGCUCCAGGCACAGCUGGACCAGUCACCGUGCCUCCGAACAUAGGGCCAGGUGCGCCGAAGAACGGCGGCCCGGGUCUCGCGAAGGGCGACGGCAAGGGCCUGCCGGGCGAUGGCCAUGCGAGACCUGCGUGGUGCUGCAAAAUCAUUGUGGAGGCAGAAUCCCUGCAUCCAGAGUUUCCUACGGUUUUGAGAAUCCGAGGGGAAGGAGAUGCAAACGUGGAACACAUUAGGACGCAGACGAAGUGCAACGUCCAGCUGAGGGGUACCGGCUCUGGCACCCUCGAGCCUGAAAGCAACCAGGAGCUGCCAGAACCGAUGUUCCUGUGGCUCACGAGUGAGAACGUCGAGAACGGCAAGGCCUCGUUAGAGAUGACGCUGGAUUUACUGAAGAGCAUCUACGAAGGGCAUCAGCAGUGGUGCGAGCAGAACGGCAUCCUGCAUCCGGAGUUUGUCAAGCCGAAAGUCAUCGAGAAUCCAGACGUGCCAGGCCUUCCCAAGGCACCAGGACCGGCGACCCUGCCGCAGGUACCUCGCCUUGUGCGGUAG